AUGUCUGUGCAUCCGUUUUUCCAGCAUGUGGUGGUCCACGGAUUACCGUACGACCGCGGAUUCUCCUACGGUGAGCAAACCAAGGAGAAGAUCCAGCGCAAUGUCACGUACUAUAAGCAGCCAGGCAAACUAGGACCAUGGUCUUCGGUUUCGAGAGUCAUUCAUAACUGCUACAUUCCGGGGCUACAGCGUUACUGGCCAUCGGGAUGGGAAGAGAUGCGUGGUGUUGCCGCUGGUGCUGGUGUUACAAUCGAAGACAUCGUCAUGUUGAAUGCGCGAUAUGACCUCUCGCAUGUCAAGUUCGAGGUUGUUUCUGAGACUCCCGCCACAGAAGAAUCUAAGACUGUGGAAGCUAUUCCUGAAAUCUCUCAGGAGACGCCCACCAUUGGAGUUGGCGGGGAAGAGUCAAAUGCCAUGGAAAUUUCUGAACCUAUCACCGAGAAAAAAUCUGCAACCGAGGAGAAGCCUGUCGACGAAAAAGAGCAGGUCGAAGUCGCAGAAGAAUGCACCUCCGCAAUCAUUCUUUCCCCCGCGACAAGGGACCGGGUAGUGUUCACAGCGCAGAACUGGGAUAUGUCCCACCGACUAGUCACUGAAGACGCAAUUAUCUACCUCGAAAUUCAUCCAGAUGCCUCCGAAAACAUCCCUUCAAUGUUCCUUGUCACUGAAGCAGGUCAGCUGGGUCGCUCAGGAUGCAACAGUGCCGGGCUAGGCCUCACAGCGAACUCUCUGCAGAGCAACAUUGACCAAGCUCCUGAUUUAUCAAUCCCUAUCCCCCCUCUGGGGCAUUGA